AUGCUGAAACAGAUACUGUCAGAGAUGUACAUAGAUCCUGAUCUACUGGCAGAGCUCAGCGAAGAACAGAAACAGAUCCUGUUCUUCAAGAUGAGGGAAGAACAGAUCCGACGAUGGGAAGAAAGAGAAGCAGCAAUGGAAAAGGAGUCCUUGCCAGUGAAACCCAGACCAAAGAAAGAGAAUGACAAAUCUGUUCAUUGGAAACUGGGAGCUGAUAAGGAAGUGUGGGUCUGGGUGAUGGGUGAACACCAUCUCGAUAAACCCUACGAUGUGCUCUGCAAUGAAAUUAUUGCUGAGAGGGCCCGGCUGAAAACAGAGCAGGAAGCAGAAGAGCUCAGAAAAACUCAAGCCAACGAGUUCACCAAUAGCUUGGACACAAAAUCACAGCACUGUGAUCUACAAGCACCAAAUAACUGGGACACUCAGCACAGCCUGGAGAGAGUGAUCGAGGAGAAGGAACCGGGAUCUAGACCAGCACCAACCCCUGAGGAUGAGAAAAUCCAAUCACCCUCCAGUUCUUCAAGAAGUAUUCAACAAAUGUUGGCAGAUUCUAUCAAUCGUAUGAAGGCAUAUGGAUUUCACCAGGAAGACUUAAAGAGGCAAGUACGAAAAUCCAAAGCAGCUGAUGAGAAGAGACGCUCCUUGGCCAAACAAGCUCGGGAAGAUUACAAGAGGUUAUCCCUCUCAGCCCAGAAAGGAAGAAGCAGCGAGGGACUGCAGAGUCCCCUGAAUGUUGCACAGAAACCAAAAAGACUCCCCCUACCACCCAAGCCUCAAUUCCUAAACCUAGCAGGAUACCCCAGGCAACCUCUUAGAAACCAGGGAGUGACACGGAUGGCCUCCAGCUCUGUCCAAGAGGACAUCAUCCGAUGGUUUAAAGAGGACCAGCUACCCCUGCGAGCCGGCUACCAGAAAACCUCAGACACCAUUGCUCCCUGGUUCCAUGGAAUUCUCACACUAAACAGAGCAAAUGAACUUCUGAGCACAGGUGUGCCGGGCAGUUUUCUGAUCCGAGUCAGUGAAAGGAUCAAAGGCUACGUCCUAUCCUAUGCAUCCAAGGACGGCUGUAAACAUUUCCUCAUAGAUGCCUCUGCGGACUCUUACAGCUUCUUGGGUGUGGACCAGCUGCAGCAUGCCACUCUGGCAGAUUUGGUGGAAUAUCACAAGGUGGAACCCGUAACUUCCCUGGGGAAAGAGCUCCUCCUUUACCCCUGUGGGCAGCAGGACCAGCUACCCGACUACCUGGAGCUCUUUGAGUGA